AUUUAGCUUAAGUAAGCUAUAUCUAAUGUAAAAACUACAGCAAAGAUGUCUUUUUUGAAUAUCUUGGCUGUUAUUUUCUUCUUCAUGUUUUUGGAGGCGGCGUCUGCGACUGCAGGAGUGAAAUGCACAGAAAAAGAUCCACGCCAGGUUUAUCCAUAUUGCAUGUAUUCUGGUGCCGAUAAUUCGCUGUGGUGCGACCAGUCCAAAUACAAGAGAUUACCUAGCGUGGAUGAAAUCAACAGACAUUUGGCCCCAAAUCGUAACUGCACAUUUGCGAAAAAACUCUACGUCAACGACAGUUGUUUACAAGCGAUAAGUGAAGAUGAUCUCAAGCCAUAUCAAGAGAUAUCGGUAUUGUACGGAAACAGAAACAACAUCGUUCACUUGGUUUCAAAAACGUUCAAAAAGAAUAAGAAGCUGGAAAACAUUGACUUUUGUUCUAAUAGAAUCCGAGUCAUUGACCUACACGCCUUCAAAGGUCUUAAACGAUUGAAAAUUUUACAUCUUGAUAACAACGAAAUCACAGAAUUGCAUCCAGGGACGUUCUCUGGCUUAGAUUCACUCGAAAGUAUAUCUUUGAGGCACAAUAAACUGAGAGCAAUAGGUCGGAGCCACUUCCAUGAUCUGAUAAAAUUGGAAACUCUACAACUUCAAGGUAAUUUCAUACAGCGUAUUGAAGACCGAUCGUUCCGUACAUUGGAAGGUCUUAAACAUCUUCACUUAGAUAACAAUAAAAUAUCCGUUAUCACUCCCGGAACCUUCAGCGGGUUAGGAGGGCUUGAAACCUUAACUUUAACUCAUAACGGAAUCAGAUCGUGGCCAAGAACAUAUGGGGUUGUUUUUAUCAAUCUACAAACACUAGAUCUUGGCAGUAAUGACCUAGCAGAGAUAUUUCUUCCAGAACACGUGGAAAAUAUGAAAAAUCUCAGAUAUCUGUCAUUAGACAACAACUUAAUUUCAAAACUGCAUCCAGAGCUAUUCCAUGCAACCCCAGAACUUCAGCAUUUGAACCUGAGUAGCAAUAGUUUCGAAGACAUUCCGAGCGAUGCAUUUGAAACACUGAGUGAAUUGCAUUCGCUGAUCUUAAAAGACAAUCGAUUGAAAACACCAAAAUCUGAUUGGUUUAAAAAUGUUAUCAAGAAUGCAAACGAAGAAAGUAAUGUGGGGUUAGAACUAAACGAUUGGAUUUGUGAUUGUGAGAGUUUAAGCUAUCUGCAAUACGUCGAAGAUUUGCAUAAACACGAAAAUCCGACAGUCCGAUCGUUAGCAAGAAAACUUCAAAUAGUCUGCCACAGCCCAGCUGAAUAUCAGAAUAAACUUUUAACCCCGGAAGUAGGAAACCAAAUAAUAUCCCAACAAAAUUGUCCACAUUCCAUCUUUGAGAUACCCCUACGAACUACCCCAGUCAUCGUUGAAAAAUCGAAAAACCCUGACGAUAAAGAAUCUGACAUCCCAAAAUAUAUGCAAUCGUCUACCAAAAUUGAAAAUACCAUUCCUUUGGUUAAUGAAGAGAAUGGAAACAUAGGCAUAAUCGUAGGUGUUGUAGUUAUUUGGGCGCUGUGAUAACAACCACUUUAGUAUUUGGGGUAUUAGAUUUUCAAACGAAAGAAAUCUGAUUCACCGUUCCUGAGAAAACGUAAUUAUAGUACUCGUAGCAAAACGUCGAAUCCAUUAAUAGCGGAGAAUGCGUAAUUACAUUUGCUAUUGUGCUUGUAGCUUGUAAAAUUCCAAUCAAACCGAUCAAUACAUUUUUGGUGAUCAACCAUUAUUUAAUUUCAGAAUCUUCAAAAGUAGCUAAAUCAUUUUUGACCCGAAAGAAAUACUACCCUGUUAAAGUACCUUGCCUAUUCCACCUCUAAAU